CCCAACACACUCCACGUUAACCCUACUGCAGUCCGGCAUGAAAUUGAAGCGACGUUGCAGCGGAUUCUUGCACAUGCUCGAUCUGUGAUCAACCCAUGUGUUGACGAUGAUUUUCUUUCUUUCGACUUUAAUGUGCGGCUGGACCCUGCUGCUGGACCUACCACGGAGCUGACGACGACUACUCCGAUGAAUUGUGCAUUGGACGAAGCCGUUAAGUUGCUGGGGGCACAGUAUCAAAUGCGAGCUCCAGUUGAUAUUGGUGAGCCUCGCUACAUUCAGCCUCGACGCCGCGGUGGAAGUACGUACGAGCAGCAAUUCACAGUAGAGUUAGGCGCUCCGCUCCAAACUGUGCUACUGGACGGAUUUGGCGCUACUCGUCAAAGCGAGGACGAAAACUACCGGCUCAUUUUGUGGGCAGCGAUCUCGUUUGACAGGUGCGGGGCCCUCUGUUUCCGGGAGUGCACCUGGUUUGCAGUCCAUCGGUCGCACUCCAACCCGACCAGCGAGACUGUGUUUCGAUCACACUAUUUAAUCGCUGCUGAAAAAGCUGUCGACUGUGCGGCGGUAGAUGGUGAACACAUCGAUCGAGUGCGCGACCGCCUCCACUCAUCAAUGGGGAAGAAGAUUAAAGAGCGAUACUUGGUCAUGCAGCGUGAUAUUUUGUUUCGGACUGGGCGCGCAGAUCUGAUUGGCUUUGUGGGGCUGUGA